AUGAUCAACAAUAUGGUUGCUGAAGAGAACAAUGAUGAAGUAAAUAACCAAUCUCAAAGGGAAGAAUUUGAUAAAUCUGAGCCAUAUUUCACUUUAGAGCAAAGAGAGGCAUUGUUAGCUCUCCUAAACCAACAGGAUGCACACCCAACGCAUAGCAUAAACCAAAUUGUUACCACAACUUUUCCAUCAAACCAAGUAUCAAAACUAACAGCAGAUUUAAAAUGCAAACUGAUCUUUGAAGAAAAUGAGUGUGAAAUCCAGGACAAGACUACCAUGAGAACAAUUGGUGUAGCUGAACAACGGAGAGGACUCUAUGCUUUUGAAGACCUAACACCUAUUCAAACUACAUCACAAGCUACAUCCAUAUCUUUAGCAUCUACACUGUCUGCACAGCAUACACAAAUAGCGCAUUGUGAACUAUGGCAUCUUAGAUUAGGAUAUCUGCCAAAUGAUAAGAUUGCUAAGGCUAUUAAUUCUGAACUGACUGUUCUAAGAGAAAAUAGAACUUGGACUCUUACCAAACUUCCUAAUGGGAAGAAAGCUGUGGAGUGCAAAUGGGUCUUUAAGCUAAAACUGAAGUCUGAUGGUUUAGUUGAUCGUCACAAGGCCAGGCUGGUUGCUCAGGGAUUUAUCAAAACUACUGGGGUAGAUUAUUUUGAGACAUAUAGUCCUAUGGUAAAGAUGAACACCUUCCCAAAUUCACAUGACUAUUGCUACAGUGAGGGGCUGCACCUGCAUGACCUCUUCAAGAUCAAGGACAUUGGGGAGUUACAAUUCUUUUUGGAGUUAGAGGUAGUUCGAAUGUCAGAGUAUAGAAGACUAGUUGGAAGAUUGUUAUAUCUAACCAACACAAGACCAGAUAUAGGAUAUGCAGUUGGAAGACUAAGCCAAUUUUUAGAAUGUGCUACUGACAAGCACUUUGAAGCAGCCAUAAGGGUACUCAAGUAUCUCAAGAAUGAGCCAGCAUUGAGAUUGAUGUUCUCAUCUCAAACAGAUUUAGAGCCCACUGGUUUUUCGGACAGCGACUGGGGAACAGCUAUUGUAUCAUGGAAAAGUAAGAAGCGAAAUAUAGUGGCAAUGUCAUUGUGUGAAGUAGAAUAUAGGGCUCUUGCCAUGGCUACUAGGGAAGCACAAUGGAUUACUUACAUUCUAGAAGACAUGCAAGUAAAGCUGGAUAAAUCGAUUGCAGUAUACUGUGACAGCCAAUCAGCACUACACAUUGCGGCCAAUCUGGUGUUUCAUGAGAGAACUAAGCACAUAGAUAUGGAUUGUCAUGUAGUGAAGGAUAAAUGA